UUGGUGAAGAUCAUUAUCAAAAAAUUGCUGAAAAAGUAUAGGCAAAAAAUUGUGUUGUGUAUAGUUUGUGUUGCCGGUCUAACUUACUGCUGACUUACAAUCUGUACUAAGCGUGAUUAUUAUUUAUUUUCAAAAAUGGCGAAUUUACUUUUCUCUGUGCUUUCGGUCUUACUUUUUAUCACAAAUGCAUUUGGAGAAAACAUUGUAAAACGUCAGGUCGCACUUACGCCUACUUGUGGUCAGUCGUUAUAUACUGGAAUAACGUACGAACAAGCGCCCCCUGGAACAUUCAUUGUAAAAGCCACAGCAACCUCGCCAGUAGGAAACCAAAUGACAUGGUCCAUACAGGAUACCACUUUUGGGCGAUUUUCUAUCAAUCCAGUCACGGGUGAUGUCAGUGUAGCUGGAUCACUUGCACGAACGGCUAUGCAGCGUUCUGCAUUGGAAUUCCGAAUUCGCGCCACCGAUACUUCUAACCAGCUGUAUUGCGAAAGUACAGUGCGCGUAAACGUUCAACCGGGCGCCGGAUCCGGAACCACCCAACCCGUAAAUCAACUGUACUUCUCCCAAGCUGCCUACACUUUUACCGUGGGUACCGUUACAUAUGGAACGCCAAUUGGCCAGGUGUCGGUUAACGCCAAUGGGCAGUACGUCACCUACAGCAUCACCGGCACCAAUCAGUUCAGCAUCAACGCUCAAACGGGUCAAAUCACCGCCAACAGCAACUUGGCAGCCGGGACCUACACCUUCACCGUCACAGCGCAGAGCUCCAACGGCGGCACGGCCACCACGACAGUUACCGUGCAGGUGACCUCUGGUGGUCAGCAGUUCACACCGCCCAGCUUCUCCCAAACCUCGUACAGCGUCCAGGUGAGCAGUUGUUCAGCCGGUACUCAAGUGGCCCAAGUGCAAGCCGGUGGCUCCGCGACAACACCGACACAGUAUUCGUUAACUGGAACAUCUCUUUUCGCCAUUGAUCCAAGCAGCGGAAACCUCAGUGUAGCCCAGAAUAUCCAAUCCGGAAGUUACACUUUUCAGAUUUUUGCCACUUCGGUGGCUGGGCAGGCUACGGCCACUGUUACCGCUGUGGUUAGCUGCAGUACGCAAGGCAACGCCAACAAUCAGCAAUACUAUUUCACAAGUGGAAGCUGUCCUGCUGGCACUCAGCUAGGCAGUAUUUGCGCUAAUCCGGUUUAUGGAAAAUAGUUAUUUUCCAUCUCUGUGAUAACUAUGCAUGUCUAAUGCCACCAGAAUAUCAUUACAUUAUCGAAUUAUCUAUUAAUUAUAUAAUAUUGUCCGAUGGCGUUUUUUACAAUGGUGUUACAUCCGUAUUGCGGGCGGAGUGCUGGACACUCUGGUACUACGAAAAACUUUCCAGAUAAAUUUUGUUCGAGAUUCGAAGAAAAUCGGUUUCGCUAAGCUA